CAUUUCCCACAGAGGCAAAGACAUGUGUAACUUAACUUUCAAAGAAAAUGGAACAGAAACAAGCAGCACAACUUACGCUGUUGGGUUUGGAUCUGUAAUACUGGUGGGUCUACCCCUCAAUGCCGUGGCUCUGUGGAUUCUAAUAUGCCGCCACAACCUCAAGACCCCCAGUGUGGUCUUCAUGGUCAACUUGGCAAUCUCAGACCUGCUGCUUGUCAUCUCCUUACCUAUGAGGGUCUACUUUUACACCACAGGCAUGUGGCCUUUGAGCAACUUUGCCUGCAUUUGUGUCACAAUGCUGUUUCGGAACAACAUCCGCUCCAGCGCCUUCUUCAUCACCUUCAUCUGCGUGGACCGUCUGCUGGCUGUCGUUUAUCCUCUUAGAUCACGGCACCUUCGCACCUCGUCUAAUGCCUGGAAAGCUGCAGCGCUGGUUUGGCUCUUAGUGUUGGUGAUGAACAUCCCUGAAAGCGUGGUAUUUGCAAGGUUUUUAAACAGCCUCACUGAAGCGUCUUGUUUUGAAUUCCCCUGUCCUCCAAGGUCAACAAUGCAUUAUAUUCAGCCGAUUCUUGUGUUCAGCAUGCUGGCAGUCAACAUUGUGUGCACUGCUCUGGUGUCUUGGACUCUAAACAGGCACCUGAAUGACUCUGCGAGGGUCAACAACAAGGUGAACGUCAUGCUGAUCUUUGUCAUGAACUUGAUCAUGUUCACUGUGUUUUUCUUGCCUGUGUCAUUGGGUAUUCUCAUUCGAAGAUGGAGACCUUUUCUCACACCACUUGUAUGCCUCGCUAGUGUAAACUGCUGUCUGGAUCCUCUCUUGUAUUACUUUUCUUUUGAUGGUUUCUGGAGGAAGAAAGAGGACGUGGAUUCAUCUGCUGCAAGAGAAUAGUUAGCAAGGACAAGCAGUAUUCAACAGAACAUUCACGAUGUUAGUGCUCUGUGUGGAUGUGACAUAAGGUGGCAAAAAAGGUCACACUGUGAAAGAACAACUGUGCGUUUUAUUUUGAAAUUAUUAUUAUUAUUUGUUUGGACA